GAAGAAACAGGAAGUGUCAUUUGUUGUUCACAGGAAAGAAGAUUGGACAUUGCACUGUAGUCGGAGUAUGAAAAAGGCAUCAGUUGUAAGCUUCAAGCUACUAAUUAAUGGCAGCGAGAUGAAGAAGCAAGACGAGAGCCGGUGCACUCAGAAGACCAUCUCAUUGCUGAGCCCCCUGGGGACGAUCCAAGUCAGUGGAUGUGAGAAUGGUGUGCACACCAUCCAGAUCCUAAUGGAUGUCGCACCUGCUGAAAGGAGCAGCGAGGCCCCCCUGAGCUGCGUGGUCACCGAUAGCCCAGCAGAAACGAGCCCCGAGAUGCAGCGCUGCGUUGAAUGGCUCCAGGCGUACUUCACCGAGCCGCAGACCGCUGGGAGUCUCCCGCUCCCUGCCUUUCACCACCCCGCCCUGCAAGGAGACGCCUUCACCAGCCGCGUGCUGCAAGCACUUCUGAGGGACGUGAAGUUUGGAGAGACGGUCUCGUAUAAACGCCUCGCCGAGAUGGCGGGAAACCCCAGAGCGGUGCGGGCGGUGGGAGGGGCCAUGAGGAGGAAUCCGGCCCCCCGUCCCUCCUCACUCACAUCAACAACAAGGCUGUAAACGGCUGUCCAUUUCUCAUCUGUGAUUCCCAUGUCUUCAUUUUCGUCCAUUUCUGAUUGCUUCACACCCUAUACCUGCGAUGCUUUUAGUGCUCAUCUGUGACCUUGUGAGAUGAUGAUGGGGGGGGUGCGGAAAUUAUAAAAUAAAUUUUCAGUGGCAGACUGAGGCUGCCCUUUAUAACACUUCAUCAUAUCUGCUUCAGAUGGAAAAAUAGUUGAGAAACAUUUUCUUACAAAACCACCUAAUGCUGGUUUGGCACAGAAUCAUAUGGUAAAUCUAUUACCACUUUGUCAAGAGAAACCACUUGAGGUUUCCCGCAGUGUAGCAGCAGGCAAAGUGGGAAAUUGUAACCCUGAAAGUGCUGUCUGACUUCUCCUAUUAAAGUGUUUUCAAAAUCUUCGCCCAUUCUUGGAUUUAAGGGUCAUUGGGAAAGCCAAUCAGGAGGGACAGGCCAGUCAGAAAUCCAGUGGCGCGAACAGGAAAGGAACCAGCUGAUGAAAUUCAUCCAUACUUCUCACUUAUGAUGACAUGAUUGAUUUUCCCUCAGAGUGCUCAAAUGUAGGA